AGCGUACUACGUAGUAUGUCAACAGUAAAUAGCCCGUCGAAGCCGCGUAGCUGUUUGGAACACUGUUUAGUAUCUAGGAGACCUUCAACAUGGGCUCUAAGCGGAGGAGGGCCACCUCCCCGUCCAGCAGUGUUAGUGGUGGAGAUUUUGAGGACAGCCAGCCAGCACCAACCCCUUCAAGCAGUCGCAAGAGAAAAAGAACACCUAACAUUCCCACUGUUGAUCCAAUUGCAGUGUGUCAUGAACUUUACAACACGAUCAGAGACUACAAGGACGAUCAGGGCAGGAUGCUGUGUGAACUGUUUAUCAGAGCACCAAAGAGGAGAAACCAGCCUGAUUACUAUGAUGUGGUGUCACAGCCCAUUGAUAUGAUGAAGAUCCAGCAGAAGCUGAAGAUGGAGGAGUAUGAUGAUGUUGAGCAUCUCACACUUGAUUUUCAGCUCCUCUUCAACAAUGCAAAGACCUACUACAAACCUGAUUCCACAGAGUACAGAGCUGCGUCUAAGUUAUGGGACCUUUACGUUCGCACCAAGAAUGAAUUUGUGCAGAGAGGGGACUAUGAUGAUGAUGAUGACGAUGGUGAUGACACACGAGAACAUCCAGGAGGCGCAGUGGAGGAUGAAUCUGCGUCCAGUGUUAGGGAGGUUUUAGAACAGCUGCUCGACACAGUUUUGAGACACUCCGAACAUGGACGUCAAAUUAGCGAACUCUUCCUCAGACUUCCUUCCAAAAUCCAAUACCCAGAUUAUUAUGCUAUCAUCAAAGAGCCGAUAGAUCUGAGAGCCAUCGCACAAAGGAUACAGAUCGGCUACUACAAAUGUGUGAAUCAAAUGUCCAAGGAUAUCGACCUCCUGGUCAAAAACGCUAAGACGUACAAUGAACCUGGUUCACAGGUUUUCAAGGAUGCGAACACCAUCAAGAGGAUCUUUUCCCAGAAGAAGAUGGAGCUGGAGCACAUGGAGCCCAUUAAGAGCAGCAUCCGAAUUAGGAAAAGAAAAUCACUGCAUGGAGACCGACUCUCAUCCCUCACCAUGGCUUUACAGUACGGAUCAGAAAGUGAUGAAGAUGGCAUCCUGUCAGGUUCUGUGCAUUACGACGGGGGAGAAUCGGAGGCUGAAAGCAUCCAUUCCAACAUGGACAUGUCCAAUCCAAUUUUCCGAAUGUAUGAGGCCAUACGAGGGGGCAGGAACAGCCAAGGGCAGCUCAUCGCUGAGCCUUUUUUGCAGCUGCCCCCGAGAAAGGACUACCCUGAUUACUACCAGCAGAUCAGCCAGCCCAUCUCCCUCCAGCAGAUCCGAGAGAAGUUGAAGAAUAACGAAUAUGAGAGCACCGAGCAGAUGGAGGCUGAUCUCAACCUGAUGUUUGAGAACGCAAAGCGCUAUAACGUCCCUAACUCGAACAUCUAUAAACGAGCUCUGAAACUGCAGCACAUUCUUCAGCUGAAAAAGAAGGAACUGUUAAGAAGAGAUGAUGAAGACGGGGACAGUAUGCUCUCUUCUACCCUGUCAGAUACUGGGAGCAUUAAACGCAAGAGUUAUAAGAAAACCACGAAGAAGAACCGUAUGAAGGCUCUGUACCAGAUCAUAACCGAGGCCCGGGAGCUGGGCACUGGCCGCAGACUUUGCGAUUUAUUCAUGGUCAAACCAUCGAAGAAAGAUUACCCAGACUACUAUAAGAUCAUACUGGAACCUAUGGACCUGCGCACUAUAGAACACAACAUCCGCGCAGACCGUUACUCCAAGGAAGACUCCAUGCUGGAGGACAUGAGGCUGAUGUUCCGCAACGCGAGACACUACAACGAGGAGGGUUCACAAGUGUAUAAUGAUGCCAACACUCUGGAAAGGAUCCUUAGGGAGAAGAAGAGAGAACUCGGACCUACACCAGAAGACGACGACAUUAUCUCGCCAAAACUCAAAAUAAAAAAAAGUGGCAUCUCGCCAAAGAAGUCCAAAUACCUGACACCGCUGCAGCAGAAGCUGAACGAGCUCUACGAGGCGGUUAAAAACUACACAGACAAGCGAGGCCGUCGCCUCAGCACCAUCUUCCUGCGCUUGCCGUCCCGUGCUGAACUUCCCGACUACUACCUAGCCAUCAAAAGACCCGUAGACAUGGAGCGGGUCAAGAGCCAUAUGCUGGCCAACAAGUACCAGGAUGUGGAUGCCCUGGUGGAGGAUCUGGUUCUGAUGUUUAACAACGCUUGCACUUACAACGAACCAGAGUCGCUCAUCUACAAAGAUGCCCUGGUGCUCCAUAAGGUCCUGCUGGAAACCAGGAGAGACCUGGAAGGAGGGGACGACUCGAAUGUACCGGACGUCCCUCGUCUCAUUCAGGACCUGAUCCGCAGCCUUUUUGUCUCAGUGCUGGGUCACCAGGACGACGAGGGUCGAUGCUAUAGUGACUCGCUGGCGGAGGUGACGGCUGAGGACCCAGCCAAUCCUGAAAGACCUCGGUUAAACUUUGAGAUCAUCCGGAGCAACGUGGAGAACGGGCGCUACAAGCGACUGGAUGUCUUCCAGGAUCACAUGUUUGAAGUGCUCGAAAAGGCCAGGAGAAUGCAUAGGACGGACUCUGAGAUCUUUGAGGACUCGGUGGAGCUUCAGCACUUCUUCAUCCGGAUUAGAGACGAGCUGUGUAAGAACGGAGAGAUCCUGCUGUCUCCAGCCCUCAGCUACACCACCAAACAUCUGCACAGCGACGUGGAGAAGGAGAAGAAAGAGAAGCUGCCCAAAGAGUUUGAGGAAGACAAGCUGAAGAGAGAGGAGGAGAAAAAAGAGGCAGAGAAGUGCGAGGAUUCUUCUAGCGGUUUGUGGCAGGGAGGCCUCCAGCGCACCUACAGUCAGGACUGCAGUUUUCGGGACAGAAUGUACCACGUAGGGGACUAUGUCUACGUAGAGCCUGCUGAGGCAAACCUGCAGCCCCACAUCGUCUGCAUAGAGCGCCUCUGGCAGGACGACACAGGAGAGAAAUGGCUGUAUGGCUGCUGGUUCUACAGACCCCAAGAGACCUUCCAUCUGGCUACCCGCAAAUUCCUGGAGAAAGAAGUCUUCAAAAGUGAUUACUACAACAAAGUUCCUGUCAGCAAAAUUCUGGGCAAAUGUAUCGUCAUGUUUGUUAAGGAGUACUUCAAGCUCAGUCCUGAAGGUUUCCGACCGGAGGAUGUUUUUGUCUGUGAGUCUCGUUACUCUGCCAAGACCAAGUCAUUCAAAAAGAUCAAGAUGUGGACCAUGCCUCUGAGCUCUGUCAAGUUCGUCCCCCGAGACGUCCCACUGCCGGUUGUGCGAGUGGCUUCUAUGUUCGCUCCCAAACCGGAGAGUGAAAAACCUACAGAGCCUACAGAGGACAACAAAACUACAAUACUCAUCAUUGAUAAGGAGCGGGAAGAUGUUCCUGUGGAGGUGAGCAGUGGUGAACCGGGAUGCCAAUAUUACGAGCAGCUCUGCUACAACGACAUGUGGCUCAAGAUCGGGGACUGUGUCUAUAUCCGCUCUCACGGCCUUGUGCGCCACCGUGUGGGCAGGAUGGAGAAAAUGUGGGUGCGAGAUGGUGCAGCUUAUUUUUUUGGCCCUAUCUUCAUCUACCCUGAAGAGACUGAACACGAGCCCACCAAGAUGUUCUACAAAAAGGAAGUCUUCCUCAGUAAUCUGGAGGAGACCUGCCCCAUGACCUGCAUUACUGGAAAGUGUGCAGUAUCUUCGUUUAAAGACUUCCUGUCAUGCCGAGCGACCGAAGUGCCUGAAGAAGACGUGCUGCUGUGCGAGAGUCGUUACUUGGAGAGUGAGAAGCAAAUGAAGAAGUUUAAAGGGUUGAAACGAUUCUCUUUGUCUGCCAAAGUAGUUGAGGAUGAAAUCUAUUACUUCAGGAAACUGAUAGUGCCUCAGAAGGAGCCGUCUCCUCUGCUGGACAAGAAGAUUGAAGAGCUGGAGGCCAAGUUUGCAGAAAUGACAGAUGAGGAGCUGGACGACCUGGGUGAUGAUGAUGGCGGCGAUGGCUUAGACGGACAAGGAAUGUCUCAGCUACAGACGCCGCUAGCCAGUGAUUUGGAUAUGUUGACUUACACACCGAUACAGUCCACACCUAAGGUCUUUAAAGGCCUGUCGAAGAAAGAGGGAGCGAAGAGGAAGAUCAACAUGAGCGGCUACAUCCUGUUCAGCAGUGAGAUGCGUGCUGUGAUCAAGGCCCAGCAUCCAGACUUUUCAUUUGGCGAGCUCAGCCGUCUGGUGGGCACAGAGUGGAGAAAUCUGGAGUCGGCAAAGAAAGCAGAGUAUGAAGAGAGGGCAGCCAAAGUGGCGGAGCAGCAGGAACGCGAAAGAGCGGCUCAUCAGCAGAACUCACCAAGAGCAGGUACCCCACUAGGGGCGAUCAUGCGGCUGGUGCCUCCGCCGAGCCCUAUGGGGACGCUUAACCACUGCAUGACGCUUAUGGCAGGCAUGAUGGGUAGCUGUUUUCCACUCAUGCUGCCCCCGCCAGGUCCCAUCGAUGGCUCUGUUAGCAUGGCUGGCAUGCCACCACAUUCCCUGCCUGCCUUACCCUACCAUUUUGCACCUGCCACGAUGUACUCGGGUAUGAAUGGAAUUACCCCUGGAUCUGCAGCAAACCCCUAUGGAGCUCAGGCCGGUAUGACGGGCACCAAUCAGCAGGCUCCUCCCCCUUACCCUGGACAAGGCCAGCCGGGCCAAGCCUCCCUUCAGCAACCCUCCACCCCGAUAUUUGUGGCUCCGCCACCGAAACCACAACGACUCCUCCACUCUGAGGCCUACCUGAGGUACAUAGAGGGACUCAAUGCUGAGUCUUCCACUGUCAGCAAAUGGGACCAGACUUUAUCAGCCCGACGGAAAGAUGUACGCCUAACGAAAGAACAGGAAAGCAGACUUCCGACUCAUUGGCUGAAGAGCAAAGGUGCACACACCACUAUGGCUGAUGCUCUGUGGCGCCUGAGAGACCUGAUGUUGAGAGACACACUAAACGUUAGGCAGACGUACAACAUCCAGAACAUCUAAACCAGCAGGGCCAGACUUCAGAACUGGAGGUUUUUGAGAGUUGAGAGUUGAUCAAAUACACCUGAUUCGAGUCAAGGUCAUCAAAGUCUUUGACAUGAAGAAGCACUAUACUGUGCCAGCCAAAAGUGGAGUCUGGUACUGUUAAUCCAAACCAUUCCGGUUCAUUCAUUAACACAAGCGUCACCUUAUAGUUUUAAUGUGUGGUUUUGUAAAUCGUCCUGCGUAAUCCUUUGUGUGUAAUUUGAUUCAUAGCACUUUGAAUGCACAUGCGUUUUAGUUUCUUAUCAACUAUUGCUAUAAAAUAGACAUUUUCAUGCAGUUAAUGCCUUCAUUGUCCAUUUGGCAUUUCUAUGAUAGACACUUUUCAUAAAAUGUUACCAAUCGAUUAUUGCUGCCUUUUUUAAUUAAAUUAUUUAGUCUUUUGCUUCUACUUUUUGACAUUAGUUAGAAGAAAGAAAAAAAUAAUAAAAUGUAGCAUGUGGGUGUUUUGAAACCCAGCAUUGGUUCUGUAAGUGGUAUCCUACAGUAAGUAGGUUGUUUCUGUUUUUCAAAGGAAUCAAUUUCCAUAUAUUUUCAUUUAUAAAGCAUUUGAGAGGGCAAAUGACAUUUGCUGCUGAGCCAUUUCAAUAAAUUCCAUUUCACAGUA